CUUGGACACAUCUCUUGCCUCUCAGCACGCCCAAGCUCGCGCAAUGAGGCUCCUUGGCACCAAGGACCUCGAGCUCAAAGAGUUCUUUGACAUUCACGUCCCGGCCUACGCCAUCUUGUCUCACACCUGGGCCGACGGCGAGGUCUCGCUCCAAGACUGGGCCGACAAGAACAACCGUCGCUUCAAACCGGGGUACCAGAAGAUUGUCAAGGCAUGCGCCGAGGCCGUUAAAGAUGGCAUCGACUACAUCUGGAUCGACACCAACUGCAUCGACAAGACCAGCUCGGCGGAGCUGUCCGAGGCCAUCAACUCCAUGUUCAAGUGGUAUCAGAGGUCCGUCGUCUGCUACGCGCAUCUCGGAGACGUGUCGCACGCCAGUAUUCAAAGCUGCAGGAAGCCGAACAGCGAGUUUCGCAAGGCACGAUGGUUCACAAGAGGGUGGACGUUGCAAGAACUCAUCGCGCCGACCGAGCUCAAGUUCUUCUCCAAAGACUGGCAGGAGAUCGGGACCAAAGCGAACACGACGCUGGCAUUGACGAUAGCCGAAGUCACUGGCAUAACGGUGUGGUGUUUGCGCAGGGGAAUAUUCUCCAAGCUGAAUCCUCUGCGCGAGUAUAGCGUCGCGCAGAGGCUGUCAUGGGCGUCCCGUCGCUCCACCACUCGAGUCGAGGAUCAGGCGUACUCGCUCCUUGGCCUGUUUGACAUCUCGAUGCCCCUUGUGUACGGUGAGGGAUCGGAAGCUUUCACACGCCUACUUGAGGAAAUCAUGCGCAAGUAUACAGACCACAGCAUACUUGCCUCGCAACUGCGGUACGUCGACGUUCUGCCCCGGUCGCCCAAAGAAUUCUGCGAAUCGCAGGAUGUGGCUACUGGAAAGUUGACGCAUCGGAGGAAAAAUUUCAUGCAUCAGAGGAAAGCUUAUACGCCUCGGAUUCAUUCCUAUCCGUUCCAGAUGACCAACACGGGACUUCAGAUGACACUUCCCAUAGUCGCUACCUUGGCACCGGCCUUUGUCUUUGGCGUCCUCGAUUGCUGGGACGAGUCUGGGACGACGCAAAAGACGCGAUCCUUGUGCCGUAUAUGGAUUCCUCUGCUGCGCCAAGGGCCCGAAAGGAUGCGUCAAUUUACCAGACUUUUAUGGCCGUCCCCCUUCCUCCCCGUUCGGUUGGUGCCAAACGAUGAACUUGGCAUGAAGCUGGGAUUGGCCAAGAGGAUUACGGCCAUGACCUUCUCUGACCGAGCUGGUGCAUCUUGGGAGCCAGUGGACCUUGUGACACCUGAGUCCUAUCAAGAUAUAUUGAUACGGAAGCCGCAUGCGACCACGCUGCCUGUGCCGAAAUGGCAGCCCCGCGAAGCAGGCAGCCCGUUCUUGAUAUGCCUUCCACGAGGCUCAGACGGCUAUCGGCUGUAUGGUAUUUUCCCGCAAUCCACCGCCGAUGUCGACAAGCAGCAUGGUGAGUACCUGACCUCGCGGGUGCCACUUGUGCAGUCGCGCCCACUGCCACAGCUGGGAAAGGUCUUCGAUUCCCCGGGCAAGACCAAUGCAGGUGUGAGGCCGACAGCCCUCGACAUACAUGGUGCCGUCAUCGUAUUCAAAAGACGGCAUUCUAGGCCACCUUCCUUUGUCGCGGUCUGCUUGGUCAAUAUGCCCAUUCUAUCCCAUGACGGGGCCGUGACAUAUCAGCCUAGGUGCAAGAUUGUUACUUUCUGGAAGCCCCAUCUUGCAGAAGACCAUGAGGAGAACUUGGGAACACUGGAUGUUCGAAAGUUUUCCAUGACCGAUACCGAGCACAACUUCGUCGUCGCCGUGCAGAAGAUGCCCUGCCCGAGCCAUGCCACAGCAAAGGGAAUGGAGCAUCGGUCCGUCGGGCUUACUCAGAUCGUCUUUGAUAGGAGGCGCUUGAUGGCAGAUCAGGAGAGACUCAAGCAACUUAAUAAGGACGCCAUCCCGGAAAUGUUGGCUUUUAUGGGGCAGACUUCCUCUGACGAUGAGGAGGCAUAGCGGAAAAAGGAGAGCAAGAUGCGUGCAGCGCAGCCCGUCGACGGAACAUUGCCGAUCACGUGGAAGCGAAACCACGAGCCGGCCAUCGCAACGGAUAUCUGGUAAAUGCCUACUAUCUGGAUGUGAUGGUGUGUUGUUAGGUAAAGGACCCGCAACUCACUUCGUAAUGGGCCGAGACGUUGCCAACGGCCAUUGCGACGCUGGGGACUGAGAGCCAAGACGGGUACACAACCCGGCCUUGCGUCAGUCAUGAGGACUACUUUGUACGUACAGGAGUUCGCGAGUUGCAUGACAGCUCGAUAGACUCCACGAUUGAGGCGCUUCAAUUCUCGGCGAACCUAGUUUAGUCUGCAAACCC